CCAAAACCCACUUUAAAGUGAAAGUUGAGGAAAGAUGGGGUCUCUAAUGGCCUCUAUUACUCUCACUCUUGCAUUAACGAUAAUCUCUCUCACCUUGCCAUCUCAAACAUCAGCAAACAACUACAUCUAUUCAUCUCCACCUCCACCACCUAAGCCUUACUACUACCACUCUCCACCACCCCCAGUGCACUCACCUCCUCCUCCUUAUUACUACCACUCUCCACCACCACCUCCAAAGAAGCCAUACAAGUACUCAUCUCCUCCACCACCAGUGUACAAAUACAAAUCUCCCCCUCCUCCCUAUAAGUACCCAUCUCCCCCACCUCCACCAUACAAAUAUCCAUCUCCACCACCCCCAGUGUACAAAUACAACUCUCCUCCUCCACCAAAGAAGCCAUACAAGUACCCUUCUCCACCACCACCAGUGUACAAAUACAAGUCCCCUCCCCCACCAUACAAGUACCCUUCUCCUCCACCACCACCAUACAAGUACCCAUCACCACCACCUCCAGUUUACAAAUACAACUCUCCACCACCCCCAGUUUACAAGUAUAAGUCUCCACCACCCCCAGUUUACAAAUACAAGUCUCCUCCUCCACCAAAGAAGCCAUACAAGUACCCUUCUCCACCACCACCAGUGUACAAGUACAAGUCUCCUCCUCCACCAUACAAGUACCCAUCACCACCACCCCCAGUUUACAAGUAUAAUUCUCCACCACCACCAGUGUACAAGUAUAAGUCUCCCCCUCCACCAUACAAGUACCCUUCUCCUCCACCUCCACCAUACAAGUACCCAUCACCACCACCCCCAGUUUACAAGUAUAAUUCUCCACCACCACCAGUGUACAAGUACAAGUCUCCUCCUCCACCAUACAAGUACCCUUCUCCUCUUCCACCACCAUACAAGUACCCAUCACCACCACCCCCAGUUUACAAGUAUAAUUCUCCACCACCACCAGUGUACAAGUACAAGUCUCCUCCACCACCAUACAAGUACCCAUCACCACCACCCCCAGUUUACAAGUAUAAUUCUCCACCACCACCAGUUUACAAGUACAAGUCCCCUCCUCCACCAUACAAGUACCCAUCUCCUCCACCACCGCCAUACAAGUAUCCAUCACCACCACCCCCAGUUUACAAAUACAACUCUCCACCACCACCAGUGUACAAGUACAAGUCUUCACCUCCACCAACGAAGCCAUACAAAUACUCAUCUCCUCCACCCCCUGUGUAUAAGUACAAAUCUCCUCCACCACCAACUUACAAGUACAAAUCUCCUCCUCCACCACCAAAGAAGCCAUACAAGUACCCAUCUCCUCCACCCCCAGUUUACAAGUAUAAGUCUCCUCCUCCUCCAGUGCAUCCACCACACUAUGUCUAUUCUUCACCCCCUCCUCCACCACAUUACAUCUAUGCAUCUCCUCCUCCCCCAUAUCACUACUAGAUAGUGAUUUAGCAUAGCUUCUCACAUGGUUUUCAAGAAUAUGCGCGAAUAAAGAAUGCUGUCGAUAGCAAGAAGAUGCACUUCACAAUUGUACAAGAAAAACAACCGGAAGCAAAGUUUCCGCUCGCUUUGUCUUAUAGAAGAAAGAAGUGUCAUUUCUUUUCACUUUCUUUGUAUUGUUUAUGACUUAUUAUUGUGUAUUUAGACAGUUGUAAGGCACUGCUUUGCUCUACUGUCGUUGAAUAUUGAAUGAAUGCAUUUUGGUUUGCAACCUGCUGCGUUUGCAAGAGGGUGAAGCCAAUUCAAUAAUAAAUAAAAAAACAAUUAUGUUCUUUAUUACUCUUUUUGGUUAUUGAGAAAUUCUUCAUUAUU